AUAUUCCCUUUAGACUUCCCCUUCUUGUGCAUUGUGUGUGGAAACGCCCACUGUGUUGAGUCACUGAUGCAGUCAGGGAUCUCAGGGUAUUCUUCAUCUGCGUGUCCAAGAGCUGGCAAAUACGUUCAGAUGUCGAGAAUCUCUCUGGCUGAUUAACUUCACCGGGCUGUUCCCCUCUGCCGCCAGUCGACCGCCGGCACUCCGCAAGCUCACUCCAUGUCCUACAACAGGAGACUUUAUACCCCUCAGCUGGGACAGGCUGGCGGGAUGAGGACAUCGUCGGCACGGGGCGACCUCACCGUCCAGCCAGGUGACCCGGGAGACAGUCGGGGUACCGAGCUGGAAGAGCCGGAAUUUGGAACCGACCAGAACAGACCAGCCCAGCCCGAGGCGGGCCGGCCACAGUAUCGAGGUGGAUAUUCAAUGAUUGCACCAAAUGAGAGCAAGCGAUCUCAGAUACAGCAGAUGGCCAACAAGGAACUGGAGGAGCUGAAGCAGUGGAAGGAAGCUCACAAACCUGGUCCAAUCAGCAUGGUUCCCACACGAUUGGGUGGACUCACUUCAGAGCAUGAAGUAAGACAAAAGCAACAAAUGAAUCUCCUGGGGUCCAAGCUCCAACAAAGAGCCAAAAAAGAAGAACAUGAUCGGAAAAGGAAAGAAGCCCAAGAACUCAAUUACCAGAAGAUGAAGGAAAUUCAGAGGGAAAAAGCCAAUAAACUUGCGGAAAGAAAGAGGCAGGAGGAAGAGCAGAAGAAAGCACAGCAUCAAGCUCAGCACCACCAAGCAAACCAACAGUUCCUUGAUAGGAUAGAUACCAAUAGAUUCUACAGUCAGCUGCACCUGCCUUCCAGCUCGGCAGUUUCAACCACAUCGUGGGCCAGGAGUCACACUUACCAAGCGAAUCAGAAGGAGGCUGAAGACCAGAAACUACAGGAGAUGAAAGAGGAACAAAGGAAAAAGAGCGAAUACUUAGCAGAGAAGGAAUCCCAGCGGGAAGCUGAACAGCACAAAAGGCUUCAGGAAGAUCAUAGGAGGAGGAAUAAUGCUUUCUUGGACAAUCUUGAAAGAAGACGUCAGUCCGGUGAGAAUUCCAACCCCAUGUCACCUUAUUUACCUGAUGAGAAACCCUUUGGACAGGACACCAGGGAACACGUUACUGCAGCAAAAUACCAUGGAGAUGUGCAGGAAGAAGACGAGGACCUCUAUGAUACCUUGACUGGGCAUGAAGUCGGCAGAGGUUCACCUGAAGGUACCAAUCAAGGCUGGGAUUUGAUGAAGCUUUCUUCUUUCUUCCCUGACUACGAAGUAACGAUUCUUGAGGAACUCUUACAACAAUGUGAUGGAGACUAUGCGAGAGUGAUCCAGCUCCUGCAAUAAACAACUUGGAACCAAGCGGAAUUAUUUAGAUUAAUUUUUUUUCUGUAGUAAAAACAUAAAUCAAGCAGGCGAUUCAACUUCAAUGUGGUCCUCCUCCACAAAGCUUUAGGUUUCCAAUAGGUGGCACAGUGGCACAGCUAGUAGAGCUCCAGUGUCUUGGGUUCAAUCCUGACCUUCGGAACUGUAUGUGUAGAGUUUGCACAUUCUCCCCGUGACCAUGUGAGUUUCCCCCACAUGCUCCAGUUUCCUCCAACAUGCAGGAUGAUAGGUUAAUUGGCUACUGUAGGUUUCCUCUGGUGUGUAGGUGACUGGUAGAAUCUGGGGAGAGUUUAUGGGAAUUUGGGAAGAACAAAAUGGGAUUAGCGUAACUGAUGGUUGGUACAGACUCAGCGACUUGAAGAGCCUGUUUCUGUACUGUAUAACUCUAAAUUCGAAAAGCUGUUUACAGAAUCUUUAAAUUAAGACAGUGGCAUAUAACUUCCUGUCAUAGGAACAGGGAAAGGCCAUUCAGCCCAUCACAUGUUCUCCCAUUUGGGUUUAUCAUGGCUGAUCUCCAAAUUAGCCCUAUUUAACAUUAUUUUCAUUUGCUUUACCCAACUAACAUUUAUUAAUUUGGCAUUUCCACAUCGAAAAUCCCUGAUAUUCCAAUAGAUCUUGAUGCCGCGAGAACUAAGAGAAAGAAAGUUCCUAAAUUCAGUAAACCACUGACUGUUAAGCGGCAAUCAUGAAAAUGUUUUUCAUUGCUAAUGAGAUGUCUUCAACUGAAGAGUUGUAUGGGAAAUGGAAAACUCAUAUUGAAAUAUGGAAUAAAUUUGUGAGAGUUUAAAAACAACUUGAUGGCAUAUUUAUUUCAUCCAGAGCUGUAUUCCUGGGUGACUUCUACUUCAUUGCUUUUGUUUCUGUACUCCCAGUUCUGAGCUUCUUUCAGUAGGGAGCUAAUUAUAUGUUUAGUAGGAUUCCUGCCUGCCUGAACCGAACGAAAGCCAUUUUUGCAUGCAGGUGGGAUGUACUUAAUUGCUCUCCUCUGACAUAGAUACAAAUUGUGCACAAGUACUCAGUUUUUAAGACUGUUUUGUCCAGUACUGUGACUCAGUCUAGGUUAUUAACCCUUUGUGGAAUGAAGAAAAUAUUCAAUGCAAAUGUACGGGUUAAAUUAAACCCAAACAGGUUACAUUCCCUAUGUAUUAGAAUUGUGUCGGGAAAUGGUUAUUUCCCUGACUUGGCUUCAGUCACUAACAGUAGAAUAGUUGAAUUACAACUCCAAAACAAUUGUACACACUUUGGAAUUUCAGAGAAGUGCGGAUGAAAAAUUUAUUAGCAGACUUGUGUUUUCCAAAGCUGUCAUCACUGAGAUAUGUUCCAUUCUGCGGAAGGACACUUGGCAGUGCUGUUUUGCCUGGACAGCUAUUUCCACAGAGAUCAAGGUCACACUGACCCCAACCUUCUUCCCACCAGAUCUUUCCAAGUGGUGACAGGCAAUUUCUGCCAUGUCUUCCAACUUUCUGCUUACCACUGCAUCAGAGAGGUCUCCAAAGCAAUGUAAUGAGGAAGGAACAAUUUUGUCUACUUUGAUUUCAGUGAAGAACUGGUGGCAUCUCGAGCACUGGGAUUUGCCAGCGUGGCUGACUUCCCCCAAAUUCAGCAAGGCACUGACUACUCUAAUGUACCAAGAGCUCCCCUUAACAACCUUCAUCUCUCUAUGAACAGGAGAGGUUUCUACUCCAUCGGUACACUUACUUCAAAAUCAUCCUAAUGCUGUUUCAAGCAUCUUUUUGGUCAAUUUCACAAUUUUUAUGUGCGAGACCUGAAUUGCCAUGAACAAUUUUUUUUUAAAGUGCAACCCAAUUUGUAAACAUAUGUCAAACCACUGCCUGUUUGUAAUACAGGCAAUCUUAUUUAAAUUCAGGAAAGAGUUGACAUAAAACCCAAGAACUUGCCUAAAUUUCUAAUCCCCAUACCACUUGUUUUUGGAGUAACAGUUCAACCACUCCACUGCUGGAGUCUGAAACCAAGUCACAGAAACAGCUGAGAAUUGAAAUUAUUUCUCUUUCCAUCACAAUAAAAUUCUAACAUGGGCAGGCAUGGUAGUGUAGUGGUUAGCAUAAUGCUAUUACAGCACCAGCGACCCGGGUUCAAUUCCGGCCACUGUCUGUAAGGAGUUUGUACUUGUUCUCCCCGUGUCUGCAUGGGUUUCCUCCCGGUGCCCCGGUUUCCUCCCACAUUCCAAAGACAUGUGGGUUAGGAAGUUGUGGGCGACACUUGUGGGCUGCCCCCAGAACACUCUGCGCAAAAGAUGUA